GUUACCUAAGCCUCUGGAGCUAGGGCACCAGUACUAGACCCAAAAGAGACGAACGACGAAGCUCUUGAGCUGCCUUGCGGUUGCUGAACGUUCAAGUCUGUAAUUCGGGUAGCUCCAGCCUUGCAUUUCCGACUCGAAUAUCCAACUCGAAUAUCCAACCUGCGAAUACCUUCCCAACGCAUAUACACCACUAUCUACCUCCGCACGCCCAAUACUAAUUACUAUCUGAACUACGACAUACCGACAUAAUGUUCAGAAACAACUACGAUAACGAUUCCGUCACAUUCUCCCCGCAAGGGAGAAUAUUCCAGGUCGAAUAUGCCGCCGAGGCCGUCAAGCAAGGUUCAGUGGUGGUGGGUUUAGUUAGCAAGACACAUGCAGUUCUAGUCGCUAUCAAGCGAAAUGCAGAGGAACUCUCGUCGUACCAGAAGAAACUGUUCGCCGUAGACGAGCAUGUCGGCCUAGCCAUCGCCGGUCUGACCUCAGACGCCCGUGUCCUCUCCAACUUCAUGAAGCAGCAGUGCCUGUCGCAGCGGCUAACCUACGACCGCGCGAUGCCCCUCGAGACCCUCGUCUCGCUCAUCGGCGACAAGGCACAGCUCAACACCCAGCACUACGGCAAGCGGCCAUACGGCGUCGGCCUGCUGGUGGCGGGCGUGGACGAGGCCGGACCCCACCUAUUUGAGUUCCAGCCCAGCGGUAUGACCCAGGAGAUGCUGGCGUGCGCUAUCGGAGCCCGCUCCCAGAUGGCACGUACCUAUCUCGAGAAGAAUCUAGAUAGUUUCGCGGCGUGCGGCCGGGAGGAGCUUAUCCUCCACGGACUGCGCGCUCUAAAGGAGACGCUAGUCCAGGACCGCGCGCUGACCGUUGAGAACACGAGUGUGGGCGUUGUAGGAUUAAAGGAGCCCGGAAAGAAGGGCCUCGAGUUCUUCAAGGUGCACGACGGCGCAGAGGUCAAGGACUGGAUCAACGGCGUAGCAGACGACAACGAUGCGAGCGAGGAAGCGGUAGAAGGAGGAGACGGCAUGCAGGUGGAUGAGUAGACGACGUGAAGGAAAAGGAACAAAUCAUGCUACGGUAAAAGAAAGGCACAAAUAAUUGCAUUUCGCUCGGGCGUAUGGACUCGGGAGGUGCUAUGUC